AUGGCACUCGGUCAUCGCGCGGUAGAGGCCGCUGUUGUAUCAAGCAUCUUUGCAGCACUAGGUACCAUUGCUGUGGCCCUUCGCCUCUGGACUCGUCUUGUCAUUAUUCGAGCCCCUGGAAUCGAAGAUGCUAUCAUUGUAGCAUCCUGGAUGUGUGCGGUGGUCACGGUGAUUACAAUCGGAAUGCAAAUCGUCCACGGAUUAGGCGAACAUGUGUCUACACUAAGUGGUGACGAUACAACCCAACUGCUUUUUAACUUCUACAUCAGCAUCAGCACAUAUUGCGCCUCUAUCGGCCUAACCAAGACCGCUAUCCUAGUCCAAUACCUACGAGUCUUCCCCACGCGCACGUUUCAGAUCUGGUGUUGGGCCUUCAUUUUCAUCGUCGUCGCCUACACUAUCGCGACCGUGUUUGCCUGCAUCUUCGUCUGCAUUCCAGUUCAAUCUUUCUGGAAUGGUGAUCCUAACGGGAAGUGUAUCAAUGAACUUGCGUCGUGGUUCUCGAACGCGGCUAUUAAUAUCGUUACGGAUUUGAUGAUUAUCGUCUUGCCGAUGCCGGUUAUUAAGAAUUUAAAUCUUGCUAGGAGGCAGAAGAAACUUCUCAUGGGGAUUUUUGCUUUCGGUGGAAUGUAA